AUGCAAAGUGAUGUGGUGUCGUCGGAAACGGCUGGCAUCUGCAUCUUCCGCAGCGGGGUGCCUCAUCAAGAAAUAAUGGGAAACGAACUGCUUCCAAGCUCCCACCAAGCCGCUGCUGUUCGUGCUGUUGGACCGCUUGUCCACCGGAGAUUCGAUUCGAGUACAUGUAAGUUCACUCAGGCGACGGGAGAGAAGCCACCGACCGAGAGGCAGCUGGAAGCAACAACAAACAAGACCCCCACCACCCUUUCUUUAGAGCUAGACAACAGUACAGUAGCAUUCGCUAUCAACACAAUAGAAAAACGGCAAAAGACUUGCUUUGCUUGGCCCAUGUCGGCUACUAGCAUGCUAAUACCCAUGGCAUCGAGGCUCCUCUUUCGAGGGGUGCUUCUGUGGAUGCUGCUGGUUCUAGCAUCGGUUAACGCCGAUGACUACCGUCGGGUUAUCGUUAGCUUCGAUACCUCGCGAGACUGUACCGAGUCCAUGUUCCCACCCUUGUGGACGAAUAUAGUAGAACAAGGCUUGGCUCGCGUAGGUAUCCAUUACGAGAGAUGGACUCAUGGAUACGAUGUAGACGGAGACGGCCGUAAGCUGCAAGUCAACAGUGGCUGUCCUGAAUGGUGCAAGUACUUGACUCAAUACUGCGAGUGCCUUUGCGUCACCACGUGCGAGGAACAAGGAAACGGAAACAGCAAUGGCAAUAACGGAAACAGCAACGGCAACGGCAAUCGAAGACACCUUCGAGGCGAUGAACGACAAGAGGAACUUUUAAAGCGUGGACAAGCACAGGCUCAGUACGAUGCCUUGACGAACGAACGUCGCAUAGAGGCAGCUCAGUUUGUGGUGGACGAAGACACUGUUCGAGAAUAUAUCGAACUGCAGUUGGAUGAAAACGAUUUGACCAUCGAGUGCAUGCAAGAACAGCACAGGGCAAGAGUUUAUCUGAUCAGAUGA